AACUCACACCAUCUACUGUUAUUAACCCGUCGCCUUCUCCACCUGCGACGCCUUCGUUCGAACCCGCGCCGGGUCAGCCCCUGUCCACGCUUGACUAUUCGUGGUCUAUAUCAUCGCUUCUCCGCGAAGGCACUAGGCGAGCACACGAAUCUGUUGAGCAUUCGCCUGGUGCCGCACGACUUGCGAAGGGGGAGUUGGGGAGAGAGGAGUAUGCCAAAUGUACGUUACCGAUUCCGACUUUCGUGCAAACAGUGCUCUUGAAUCUGGCCUCUCUUUGAACUCUAACAAUACGGUUCUCGGCCCUACAUACCACCCAUCCCUCCUCUCCCGCGCUCCUCCAUUAGAAGCCGACAUCUCCUUCCUCCUGGGUACCCCUGAGUGGAAAUCUCACCCUAUCCCGGCCUCCCUGCUCCGUUCUCCCCCCAAACCGCUGCAGGAGUAUGUCGAGCGGCUCAAGCGCGUAAGCGAAGAGACUCCGGAGAGGCUGCUUGCGCACGCCUAUGUACGCUACCUGGGCGACCUCAGCGGUGGUCAGAUCAUCAAGCGUCGGCUAGCGAGAAAACUAUCCCUCGCAUCUGAUUCUUCCGCGGGAAAUGAAGACGGACCUAUACCCGGACUCGCAUUUUUCUCCUUCCCGCCCCUGUUCGUUGGGGCUGGGCAAGCCGACCUCUCAGAAAUGCAGAAGAUCAAGCAGUGGUUCCGGGCAGGCAUGGACGAAGGUGUGGGGAACGACGAGACACUGAAGAGAGCGCUAGUAGAGGAAGCGAAUCUUGCGUUCGACCUCAACGCGGGCCUGUUCAGGAUGGUGGAUGAAGACACCACUUCUGCAAACGAGAAGCGCGAGCCAGCAGUGAUCGAAGAGGUGUAUUCUCCGCUAUCGAAGCUCUCUUCGGGGAAACAAGACGUCAAAGCAGAAAGCGGGCAGAAGGGCUACUCCCUCGCGUCGUUCGUCGCCUUCCUGGUCGCUGUUGGACUCGCACAUUUCCUUAUCGUCACAUUGGGUCUCACUGGUCAACGAGGAUGGGAGAAAUGGGAGAUUAUUAGAGAUUGGGUCAUGAACGCGAUGAACGUGUCAGGUAGGUGUUCUCGAUGAACUGGACGAUCCCUUCUAUGGGACUUCGCUCAAUACAAACUGCAAGGCUGUACGAUAAGCAUAUACAUCAAUGUAUACGU